AUGGCUUUCAAGGAAAUUGCAAUGUUUUCCAGUUUGGUGGUGGUCACCAUCAUAAGUUAUAGUGUACUAGAAGGCAAUGCACAAUCAAUACAACCAUUAAUAGACCAAGAUUACAUGAAAGUAAAAGCCGCAUUGUAUGACUUGGGAGAAGUUGGAAUGAACUUGAUGGACGAUUCGCAGACAUUGAACGAUAUGCAAAGAGAAUAUUUUGCUGGAAAAGUCGAUUAUUCUGCUGUGGAAAGAGCAAGGAAUGAACUUAACAAGACCAAAAAUAAGUUGUUCCUAAAACUUAUAAAAUAUAUUUGGGCAACAAAUGAAUUUGAGCCUACAAUCAAUUAUCAAACCGCAGAUCCCCACAAACUUUACAAAACCAUGGACGACUUGGAAAAUUACAAAGAUAGCAUAGAUGAUAUGCAUGCCGAUCUUCUUAACGCAAUGUCCCAACCAACAGUCGUUGGAGCAUAA